AUGACGUGGUUGAAUAAAGGCCUUCAUGGCUGGAUAGCCAGGUUUAUUGCAAAACCAUGUGCUUUGGCUCUGAAAAUACAAGCCAAUGGACCACAAAAGGCCCAGCACAACGCCAUACUGGAAAAAGUCUUCACUGCAAUUACAAAGCAUCCAGAUGAAAAGAGAUUGGAAGGUCUUUCAAAGCAGCUGGACUGGGAUGUGCGCAGUAUUCAACGAUGGUUCAGGCAGAGAAGAAAUCAAGAGAAGCCAAGUACAUUAACACGUUUCUGUGAAAGCAUGUGGAAAUUUACAUUCAACCUUUAUAUCUUUACAUAUGGGAUCAGAUAUCUGAAAAAGACUCCAUGGCUCUGGAACACAAGGCAGUGCUGGUACAAUUAUCCUUAUCAGCAACUAACAGCUGACCUGCAUUACUACUACAUUGUCGAGCUGUCCUUCUACUGGUCUUUGAUGUUUUCUCAAUUCACAGACAUCAAACGAAAGGACUUUGGAAUCAUGUUUCUUCACCAUCUUGCAACAAUAUCUCUUAUUACAUUCUCCUAUGUCAACAAUAUGGUACGAGUGGGUACCCUAGUGAUGUGCCUUCAUGACAUGGCUGAUGUUCUCUUAGAGGCAGCAAAAAUGGCAAAUUACUCCAAAUGUCAAAAACUGUGUGACCUCCUAUUUGUCGUGUUUGCUCUGGUGUUCAUAAUUGCUAGACUUGGUGUUUUCCCUUUAUGGAUACUAAACACCACGUUGUUUGAAAGCUGGGAAAUUGUGGGUCCAUAUCCCUCCUGGUGGGUUUUUAAUCUUCUGCUUCUAGUCCUGCAGUCUUUGCAUGUAUUCUGGUCUUACCUAAUAAUCAAGAUCACCUGCAAAGCCAUCUCAAAAGGCAAGACCGGAAAGUGGAAUCCUUUGCAUGUGUCAAAGGAUGACAGAAGUGAUAUUGAAUCCAGUUCAGAAGACGAAGACUCACCGCCACGUGUGCAAAAACCUCACACCUCCAGCACCAAUGGGGUGAACGGUACUAACGGAAUGAAUGGUUAUCUCAUGGCUGGAACCUCUUCAGAUGAACAUUAAACUGUCUUCAAUGGAUAAAUAAACUGUUUGCUACUGGAACCAUUUAGUCAAUUGUGAAUGACAUUGCUCUGUAAUAUCUCUGCAACAGAAUCCAGUAUAGGAAUAUCAAGCAUUUGAAUAGUGCACUGUCAUUUUUCUUUUUUUUUUUUUACAUAUAUUUUUAAAUUUGUGACUGAUAGAAAAAAGCACUAGUCCAUGUGCCUGUGAGCAUGCUUUAUGUUUUGGUAACUGCUGCAAAUGAGUCAGUAUUUUCUUAUGCUUGAAUGUUAUUUAUUUAAUUUUUUAGUAUUUGCUUUAAAUUUCAAAGUGAAAAGUUUUAUGAUUUUAAUAUUUUUUUAUUUAUUUCUCAGUGAUGACUGUGAUCAAGUUCUAUGAUAUUUUUAUUGAUUAAGACAGUGUUUAUGAUCAUUGAUAUAAUAUGUGCACAUAGCCAAAACACUUUACUGUGGAACGCUCCUGCCAUUUUGACAGUGGUGCACACAUGGUAUCCAUACAUAAGGGGGAAGGAUUAAGUGCUGAACAAAUGUUUGUGAUGUCUCUUCAAGUGAUAUAUUCGUUGCUGGGGAAAGUUGUGGCUGGCCAUAUUUUUUGUCGGUUACACACACAAAAACAGU